UCCCACCGGUUCAGUCGUGCUGGGUCAGUCCACGGGAUAACUUGGCACUGAUCCUUUCUCGCGGGUUUAUACACGUUUAUUGUGGUAUUACACUCACACGGUAUCGUGACACCACUAUUUUAUAAUCAAUCAUUUAUCAUUAACUCGUGGAUAAACCGUAAAUAUUUCUUCAUUAUCGUUUUAUCGUACAUAACCCAACGUGCAUCGAUGUUAUUGUUUUGGUUUUUGUGCUGUGAUUGUGAGUGAUGAUUGUGAUUGUGGAUUCGAGAUUGUUUAUUAUUGAUAGGAGAGAUAAUGCCAAUGGAAAAUGAGACACGGAAGUUUAUAAAAGCUGAUGGAAGAUUGGUUAUGUUAUAUGCAACGUGCGAUUCUUCGUGAGAUGUACCGUUUCGUUGCUGAGAUCGGCGAUCGACUGUGACGAGUGUCAUCUCGAGCGAAUUCCGUUGGUUCAGCCGCUUUGAUAAGUUGUCCACGACGUGCUCUUGGGGCUUUUAACCGGGAGAAAAACGUGAUUCAACGAUAAAAGAGUUUAAAACGCCUGAGAGAGAAGGAGGAAAAAGCUCGCCGGGGGGGUGGGGGAAAUGAUAUUGGACGGUGGAGAGAAAAAAAAAAAUACACACCGAACGUCGCUUUGAUUCCUAGCGUCAAUCUUUAUCGUGACUAGAGGUAAAACGUGGAGGUAAGAAGAAGAAGCGUCUCUUGGAGGAGCGGCUGUUGGGGCCCGGUCAGUGCCCCCACCAAGUGCAGUGGGAAUUCUCGUGGCGUGUUUACUCGAAUUCAGGUGUAAUUCAAUAGUAAUAUAGAAUCGGCAUGAGUUUUCAUGCCAGAGGAGAGUUGGCUAGAGGUUGAAAUCGUCAGGGAUAUGUCAAUAUAAACGGAAUAAUCUUCACACCAGGAUGAAAAUUCGCUUGACAAUGACGAAAAAGUGUGAAAGGUAGUGGAUUGAACUAGUUUGAAGUGGGACAGGGUCAGGGGAAAAUAGAAAUGUGGAGUUUGACUGUCCUCGCCCUGGUCCUGGGACUCAUUUCACCAGGCAAUAAUGCCCUGGUUAAGGAUGACAGAGUCAUGCCACAGAAAAUCGCGAGGUUCGUGCCAAGGAGAUCACCUAUGCUACCGCAGGAUGGUAGUAUGGGUCUUGCUAUGCAGAGUAGAGCAGUUGAUACACGAGUUCAACUUGGUAUUAGAGAGGGUGAACCAGAGGGUACACUUGUUGGUACAAUACCAGUGAAGCCGGACUUCACAUACAGAUUCAAUGAGCCCCCACAAGAGUUCACGUUGGAUCCGGAGACUGGACAAAUUAGAACGGCCAAAGUGCUGGACAGAGAGGCACUACCAAGUGAUAAAUUUGAUCUUGUUGUUCUGUCCAGCCAGCCAACAUAUCCAAUUGAGGUUAGAAUUCAUGUGAUAGAUGUGAAUGACAAUAAUCCAGAAUUUCCGGAGUCAAGCAUAGCUGUGAGCUUUUCGGAGUCAGCUGCUGCUGGUACGAAAUUACUACUGGACGCAGCCACUGACAGAGAUACACCUGAGAAUGGUGUUGUUGAUGAUUAUUUCAUCGUCGAUGGCAAUACCGAUGGGAAAUUUCGUCUUGAUGUUACGGCUAAUCCCAGCGGUGAAACAACGUAUCUUCAUUUAGAGACAACUGGUAAACUUGACAGGGAACAAGUUGAAUUUUAUUCCCUAAAGGUGUGCGCGAGGGACCGUGGCAAACCCCCAAGACUCGGUUAUUUACUCGUUAAUGUUACGGUACUUGACGUCAAUGACAAUCCACCGAUUUUCCAGCAGAGUGACUACGUUGUUGCACUGAAUGAGAGUGCACCCGUGGGAACAAAUGUUCUCACUGUACAGGCUACUGAUAAAGACACCGAGGACAAUUCAAAAUUAACAUAUUACUUGCCAGAUAGUGAGGGACAAUUUACUAUUGAUCCUGAAACUGGUGUUAUUACAACCGCAGAAUCACUCGACUGUCCACAACAAAGUUGUACCGCAAUUCGGCCCGGUGGUAAUUGUCCAAAGAGCUGUGUAAUAACUGUUUUUGCCCGUGAUCACGGUUCACCACGUCAGGAUGGCAGAACUUACGUAACAGUUAAUUUGCUUGAUGCUAAUGAUCACGAUCCAGAAAUAAAAUUCAGCUAUUUUCCAGCAACAGCUGGAUUCGCAACAGUCGAUGAAAAUGCCGCUAAAGAUUCAAUAGUGGCGGCUGUUGCUGUUGUUGACAAUGACGAGGGUCUCAAUCGUGAGACAAGCGUGGAGAUUCGCGCUGGCAAUGAGUUGGGUCACUUUCGUCUCGACAAUACCCAGAGCUUCGACAUUGUACGGGUUAAUGGUAGACUCGAUCGUGAAGAAAUUCCAAAAUAUAAUCUCACAAUUGUUGCUACUGACAAAGGAAUACCGCCAAGAUCAGCAACAGCAUAUCUCGUUAUACAUGUUAAUGAUGUUAAUGAUCAUGAUCCAGUAUUUCAACAGAGUGAAUACUCAGCUGUGCUCUCUGAACUAUCACCAAUUGGUAGUUUUGUCGCAAGUAUUUCAGCGACUGAUGCUGAUUCUGGCCUCAAUGCGAAGAUUUACUAUGACUUUGACACCGGUAAUGAACAAUCGUGGUUUGUCAUUGAUCAGGACACGGGUUUGGUAACAACAGUAGCAACACUGGAUCGUGAAAUUCAGGGAAGUAUUGAGUUGAGGGUCACUGCUAGGGAUGGUGGGCCAAAUCCGAGGUAUGCAUCGACACAUCUGAGGGUCACUGUACUUGAUGAGAACGACGAGGCACCAAGGUUUAGUCAGAGUAUCGUCGAAGUAACAUUAUCCGAGAAUACACCACCACACAGUUUAGUGGCAACCCUAGCAGCUGUUGACAAUGAUCAAGGAACAAAUGGAAGUAUUGCUUACAGUUUACACCCAAGUGUUCUCCGAGAUUAUCCAAAGACAUUUGCUCUUGAUGCACUCACGGGACAAUUAACAACGAAAAUUCCGUUAGACAGGGAAACAGUUGGUGAUUACCGAGUGCUAGUGGUCGCACGAGAUCAAGGAACUCCACCGCAGUCAUCUACAGCUACUGUUUUACUUUCACUCGAGGACGUUAAUGACAAUGCUCCUGUAUUUUAUCCAAGGAGUUAUUUAAUGCCAAUUCCGGAAGACACUGCACCGGGUACUGCCAUUGGAAGGGUCACAGCUACGGAUGCUGAUGCCAGGGAAAAUGCAAGAGUAAGAUAUACUUUGGAAUCUGGAGGUGAGGGAUUAUUUACUGUUGAUGAAAGGACUGGAGAAAUAACACUUCAGGGAUCUCUGCGCGUUGCACAGAAGACGCUCUAUGGAUUGACAAUAUCAGCGAGGGACAAAGGUGACAGGGUAGCUGGCCAAAAUGCAGUAGUUGAAAUUUUGAGACGAGAAGACUUAGAACAUUUAGAAUUUGAUACCUACAAUGGCUACGAGUUUAAAAUUACGGAAGACAGGGGUGACUGCACUGACAUCUCCCCGGGAUACAACAGGGAAGUUGGAUCUGUCCAAGUAACCCACUUUGUCACAUCGAAGAUAUCUUACUCAAUAGUUUACGGAGAUCCUCGUGGCAAUUUCAAGAUCGAUGAGCAUUCAGGUGUCAUAUCAACAGCUGGGUGCCUCGAUCGUGAGGAGGUUGCUUACUACAGCCUUCGUGUAGCAGCAAAAACUGGUCUAGCGCGUGGAAUUACUUCAGUUAACGUGACAGUCCUAGAUGUCAAUGACAAUCCACCUAAAUUCCCAAAAGGAGAAAAAGGGGAUGAGGUUUUGCUGAAGGAGAACGCAGCAGUGGGGCAGGAAGUCUGUCUGGCUAGAGCGAGAGAUAGAGAUGUGGGUGCUAAUGCUAGAAUAACUUACACACUGACGCAUAAUCCUGGUGGACAAUUUAGGGUAGCUGAAAACUCGGGUAUUAUUUAUUUAGAUAAACCUAUUAGAUCUUCUCCAGGUACAGUGUUAACGUUAGAAGUAACUGCUGUCGAUACGGGGGCACAACCACUCUCAGCUCAACAUCAAGUGAGAGUAACGAUUGAAGACGUCAAUGAUCAUACACCAGUGUUUAAAUUACCGAGCUAUGAAAUUUCACUGCUAGAAUCAACACCUGUGAAUGAACGAUUCUUUGCUCUUCGUGCAUCUGAUGCAGAUCUUGGCGCUAAUGGGCGAGUUCUCUACAGUGUAACCGAUGGAAAUGAAGAAGAAAGAUUUGGUAUAUUUCCUGAUGGUCAAUUAUAUGUCAAACACUCCCUCGAUCGUGAAGAGCAGGACUAUUAUGCAUUAGAAGUAACAGCUAGUGAUCAAGGUGUACCAAGUCGUAGCUCAGUUGUACCCGUUGUUGUUCAUAUAAUUGAUGAGAAUGACAAUGCACCACAAUUUACAAAUUCCUCAUUCACCUUUCACAUACGUGAAAAUGAACCACCGGAUACAUUUGUUGGAAAACUACUCGCAGCUGACAGUGACGUGGGAAGAAAUGCCGAUCUGACAUUCUCAUUACCAUCAACCCAACAAGACUUUAUUGUUGAUCCGAGGAAUGGUUUUAUCAAGUCACUUCAUGUUUAUGAUCGUGAGGAGUUAGUCGCUAAUACAGGUACGAGUCAUAUCAGUUUAGAAGCAACAGUCACUGACAAUGGUGUCAAUCGUUUACGUGAUAAGGUUAAAGUUACGAUUUAUAUAACUGACGUUAAUGAUAAUGCACCGCAGUUUCAACGUCUACCGUAUCGUGUACAAAUUAGUGAGGGUGCUACAAUAGGUACACAAUUGUUGAGAGUUUAUACAACUGAUGCUGAUGAAAAACUCAAUGGAGAUGUAUUUUAUUCUCUUGAUGAUGGCAACCAACAUGAAAGAUUUAUUAUUGACGAAGCAACUGGCCAGAUAUCACUCUCGAAAAAUCUUGAUCGCGAGACCCUGGACAAUUAUGUAUUGACUGUUGUUGCUCACGAUGCGGGGUUAGAGGUGAGAUUAUCGUCGAGUGCAACAGUUACCAUUGAAAUACUCGAUGAGAAUGACAAUGCCCCAAAAUUUAUCGACAACAAGUCACAAAUAUCGGUUAUCGAGACAACACCAAUCAAUACAGAGUUAUUGAGAUUCAAAGCCACUGAUGAUGACCUUGGUGCAAACUCGGAAUUGACCUUUAGUAUCACCGCAGGCAACAGGCGUGAUGCGUUUCACAUUGACCCACUCACUGGCGCUUUAUACCUGAGAAAACCUUUGGAUUACGAGGAACUUGAAAGUUACACGUUGAACAUAACAUGCACCGACGGAGGUCAUCCGAAGUUGAGCUCAGUAACAACAUUGCGAGUUGACGUGAUUGAUGCCAAUGAUAAUCCACCGGCAUUUCCCAAUACAGCUAUUGUACGUCAAAUUAGAGAGGGUAUAACUGUGAGAACACCUGUGCAUUCUGUAACAGCAGAGGAUCCUGAUUCGGGGGAGAAUGGUGCCGUGACUUAUGCAAUUGCUAGUCAAGAUCCUCAGGAUGAUAGGAGGCAUUUUGGAAUCAAUCCGACAACUGGAGUUAUUCACACACUUUUGCCAAUAGACAGAGAAGAGGUGGACACAUUUAAAUUAGUGGUGGUAGCAACGGACAGGGCGCAGCCACCUUCAGCAAGACUAUCCGCUGAAAAAUUGGUGAUUGUCAUUGUCGAGGAUUUGAAUGACAAUGCUCCAAUAUUUGUCAGCAUGUCGGCAGCAGUCUUACCCUCUAAAACGAACCUGAACUCCAACCUGGGUAAAGAGAUCCCAGUCUCUCGACUUCUGGCACGCGAUUUGGAUUCCAGUACCAACGGUCUCGUGACGUAUGAGCUCAUGAGACCAAGUGUCAAUUUUUCGGACAUGUUCAGGGUUCAUAGGAGUACAGGGGUCAUCACAAUGAAACUUCCGAAGAGUCUGAAAGUUAUGGAGAAGGCCACCAGAUAUCAAAUUGGAGUCAGAGCCACUGACGAAGCUGUUCAAGCUGAACGUCGUUCAUCGGAGACUUACCUAACUCUCAUUGUACCUGGUGAGAACGAUGAUAAACCUGUUUGGGAUCAUCAUGGUCCACUCGAAGGCACUGUGUAUGAGAAUGAACCACCUGGUACAAGUAUACUACGACUAAGUGCACAUUCACGAAGAUCUGGCGUUGAUAUUGAGUACUACGUGACAAAUGUAACUGCGGGUAGUGGUGGUGAACAAGUGGAUAGACUGUUUGACGUUGAUAUUAAGAGUGGACUGCUGCAAACUUCCGGACCUCUUGAUAGAGAGACUGGUGUCGAGUGGUACGAGGUGGAGAUUUAUGCUGUUGCUAAUGGUGGCGAAAGAUCCAGUACUUCAUUCAUCAAGGUUCGUGUAACGGUCCUCGACAAAAACGACGUGGCACCCUCUUGGAUGCCGGGGCCAUGGCGAUUUGAGGUGUCUGAGGAGGCGCCACCGGGCACAGUAGUCACGAUAUUAAAGGCCCUUGAUCCUGAUACAAUUGGUACCCUCAGAUAUACAUUAGUAUCGUUGAAUAAAAAAUCACUGAUUGACGAUGAGGAUUCACUGGAUGACCCUCGCACCAGCCAAGUCGAGGGACAAUUUCGGUUGGAUGCUGUUAGUGGACAGUUGAGACUCGUUGAGGCACUCGACAGAGAGACCCAGGAGAAAUAUUUACUGAGGGUCCGAGCCGACGAUGGAAUUCAACACACCGAUAUUAAUCUAAUUGUCCAGGUUACCGACACCAAUGACAAUGCACCGGUAUUUCAGUCCAUGGCAUACUCGUUUGAUGUACCUGAGAAUGUACCCAGGGGCAGUCGAGUUGGACAGGUUGUGGCUGUUGAUGCUGAUGGAGAUGGAGACAAUAGUCGAAUCAGUUAUGCACUCAUCUCGGACUGGGCGAAUGAUGUUUUCUCACUGAAUCCCAGUACAGGGGUCUUCACGCUUACCUCUAGUCUAGAUUAUGAACAGGUCCAGCACUACAUCCUCGUUGUACAGGCAACUGAUUCUGGUGUACCAGCAUUAUCAACUACCGUCACGGUCUACUGCAAUGUUGUUGACUUGAACGACAAUGCACCGGUAUUCGAGCCCGGUCCACAUGGCACUGAUGUACCUGAGAAUGCGACAAUUGGCACCGCUGUACUCUCAGUUAUUGCCCAGGAUCUUGAUUCCGGGGACAAUGGACGGGUCAUUUAUGAUGUCUUGAGUGGGGAUGAUGAGGGAGUUUUUGGGGUCGCCGAGAAUGGCACUGUCUUCACCAGGAAAUUACUGGACAGAGAGAACAGGGCUAUUUAUAAUCUUGUUAUCAGGGCGAGAGACACUCCGGUAUCACCUGCUAAACCACUCACCUCAACUGUUCAGGUAACAAUCGUUCUGCUGGACAUAAACGACGUUGCCCCCGAGUUUAUAACCCCAAAUCAAACCUCGGUGAUGGAAAACGCGCCAACGAACACGAUUGUAAUGGCCAUAAAAGCCGUCGACAAGGACGAGGGUCGAAAUGGUUAUGUUGAAUAUUCCCUGGAGGACACGUCAGUGCCGUUCAAUCUCGGUGCCGUUGACGGCCUCCUCCGGGUGUCAGGACACCUCGAUCGUGAGCGCAGGCAGAACUAUACCCUGAGGGUGACAGCACGCGACCGCGGUGAACCACCAAAGUCAUCAUCAGUGAUCAUAACUGUAAUCGUCCUAGAUGAGAACGACAAUUCGCCAAUAUUCAAUCCCAGGCAGUACUCAUCGACAGUAGCUGAGAAUGCUAGUAUCGGUGCGAGUGUUCUCCAAAUGUCAGCGACAGACAGGGACGAGGGGGCCAAUGGAAGGGUGCGCUACAGUAUCGCAAUGGGCGAUGACAAUCGUGAUUUCACCAUCUCCGAGGAUUCUGGAGUCAUCAGGGUCUCCAAGAACCUCAACUACGAGAGGAAGUCGAGGUAUAGGCUCACUGUCAAGGCUGAGGACUGCGCUACAGAGGUGGGCGAGAGCUCCAGGGAAGAUACAGCUGAAGUCAUCAUUAAUGUUCUUGAUAUUAAUGAUAAUGCUCCGGUCUUCUUGGACUCGCCGUAUCUUGCACAUGUUAUGGAAAAUAUGGUACCACCUGGCGGUGGCUUCGUCAUUCAGGUUAAAGCGUACGAUGCCGACACACCACCGUACAACGACCAGGUCAGAUAUUUCCUAAAGGAGGGAGACACGGAUCUGUUUCGCAUUAAUGCCAGCACAGGAGAUGUUUUUCUACUGAGACCUCUGGACAGGGAAAUGGUCUCCGAGUACACUUUAACGCUCGUUGCAAUGGAUACAGGUUCACCCCCUUUGACUGGCUCGGGUGUCCUGAGAGUCGUUGUACUGGAUGUGAAUGACCACAGUCCUGAAUUUUCACGUACCGAUUACAGGGCCGACGUCAUUGAGAAUCAAGUGGCUGGUACUUGGGUAGCUAAACCGACAGCUGCUGAUAAAGAUGAUGGAUUGAAUGCAAAAAUUAGGUACAGUCUCCUGGGUGAGAACGCUGAGCGUUUCUCCGUGAAUCCCGAUACCGGAGAAGUCCUGACCGUGGUCCCCCUGGACCGCGAGCGAACCCCGAUCUACCAUCUCACCCUAGUAGCCCAAGACUCGAGUCCAACACAACCCGGUGCAGCAGCCGUGAAUCUCACCAUCUUCGUGAAGGACCUGAAUGACAAUGCUCCGAAAUUCUCAAGUCCCCGAUACACCGCCUACAUUCCAGACUCCACGGAACCCGGAGACUUUGUCUUCGGGGCGAAGGCAGUGGACGAGGACGAGGGCGACAACUCCCGAAUUAUCUACCGUCUGCAGGGUGAGGACGCAAAGCUCUUCAUUAUAGACCAGUCGAACGGAGUGAUAAGAGCAGCGCAGGACCUAUCCAAUGGCAAAGCAACGUAUCAAUUACAAGUGAAGGCAUCAGAUUCCGGGAAAUCCCCUCAGACCAUCACCGCCGACCUGGUGAUCCACUUGUGGGACCACCAGCUCUUCCCGAGCUUUCGAUCCUCCAUAAACACCAAAUUCAUCCUCCCUGAAGACAUCCCCGAGGGGCGGAUCAUCACGACUUUGAGUGCGUCGACUCCAAAGACGGGAAGCUCCAGCAAUCUGAUCUUUGGAAUGGCAGGAGGAAACGUGGGAGACGCCCUGAGGAUCGAGCCUCACACCGGCGAGGUCCUGGUGGCUGCUGGCUUCGACUUUGAGACAGCGCCGUACUACGAGGCCUGGGUGGAAGUCAGGGACUCGGACAAUCCCCCACUGCGAAGUGUUGUUCAGCUUCUAAUCAACGUGACAGACGCCAACGACAACGCCCCAGUGAUGGAGGCCCCUGUUUACAACGCAACAGUCAUCGAGGAGGAGUACCCACCCCUCUACGUGACGAAGGUCUCCGCAGGAGACGUAGACUCCGGUGAAAAUGGUCAGAUAACGUACCACCUGCUGAAUGAUUUCGAUGAGUCGUUCGUCAUCGACGAGAACUCCGGAGAGAUUCACACGAACAUGAAGCUGGAUAGGGAGGACAUCGGCUCCUACGAGCUGAUUGUCGAAGCGCGCGAUCAGGGGGAGCCUACGCUAUCAGGAACAGCAACGGUCCUGGUGACAGUCCUCGAUAAGAACGACAAUCCCCCGAGGUUCACCAGACUGUUCAGUGUCAAUGUCACGGAGAACGCUGAGGUGGGAUCCUUCGUGAUCAAGAUAACCAGCAGCGAUCAGGACAGCGGGGAAAAUGCGAAUGUGACGUACACCUUCACGGAUAACCCCGGGGGAAAAUUUUCGAUCGAUCCUGUAACGGGCAACGUCGAGGUGGUGGGAUACCUUGACAGAGAGGAGCAGGACGAGUACUUGGUUAAGAUCAGGGCGGUGGACGGGGCGUGGGGAGCCGAGACAACGUUGACAAUUACCAUUCAGGAUCAGAAUGACAAUGCUCCGGAGUUCUCUGAGGAGUCCUAUCACUUCCACUUCCCUGAAAUGCAGAUGAGGAAGACGCAGGUUGGUCAGGUGACGGCGACGGACGUGGACAAGCAGGGGCCGAAUUCAGUUAUCUCUUACAGUCUCCUUCAGCCUUCCGACUUGUUCUCGGUGGAUCCAGCCACUGGGGAUAUCUACAGCAAGAGAACGAUCCGGUACAAGCACACAAACAGACCGUCAUCACCUGAGAAUCUUUAUCCAUUGACAGUCGUUGCGACGGAUAAUGGAAGGCCGCCGCUGUCAUCGAAGGCAGCUGUCGUCAUCAGUAUCGUUGAUGCCAACAACAACGCACCAAAAUUCGAGCAGACGUCAUACCUGUCUCCGGUCCCUGAAGGUCUCACGACAGGGAAGAGAAUUGUGCAGCUCUCUGCGAAGGAUGAAUCGGACUUCGGUGUAAACGCAGAGGUGGAGUACAGUCUGCUAUCAGGAAACGCCACAGAUUAUUUCUCAGUAGAGCCAUCCACAGGUUGGGUCUUCAUUUCCAAAAGCAUCAGUGGAAUUCCCGUUGGUUCGACCUUCUCAGCAAAAGCCAGAGCAGCUGAUAAAGGUGUUCCUCCUCAGAAAGACCAGGUACCCUUGGUCCUAAUCAUCACCGGGGAGAACCGACAUGCUCCAGCCUUUGCAGCAGUGUCUUACCAGGUUCGUGUACCUGAAAACGAGCCCGUGAAUACCACAAUCCUGACGGUGAAUGCUGUAGAUAGAGACGAGGGCCCCAACGGUAUGAUUCGUUACAAAAUAUCAUCGAAUAACGACAGAAAGGAGUUCUCCGUUCAUCCCAUCACAGGAGCAGUAACAAUUUUGGAACCUCUUGACUACGACACCAUCCAAGAGUAUCGUCUCAACAUCAGCGCAACUGAUCUGGGCUUCGAGCCUAAGACAGCUGUUGCAACUCUAACCGUCAACGUCUCAGACAUCAACGACAAUCCCCCAACGUUCAACCAGACUGUCUACGAAGCAUAUCUCCCGGAGAACGCGAACCCAAACAGUUUCGUCUACAAAGUUGUUGCUAAGGAUAUCGAUUCUCCGAAAUACGCAAUAAUUCAGUACAAAAUUCUCGGAGGAAGUGGGAAAGAUCACUUCCACAUUCAACACGACACCGGCAUCAUCACCUCAAAAAUAAGCUUCGACUACGAAGAGGCUAAUGAGUACACCCUGGACAUCGUAGCCGCCAAUCCAGACUCCAAUCCCCAGAUGGUGGGCGUCACAACAGUUCUGGUUCACAUCACAGGUGUCAACGAGUACUAUCCCAAGUUCAUUCAACCAGUUUUCCAUCUCGAUGUGUCUGAGAGCGCUGAGGUCGGGACAUCAGUGGGUCUCGUUCAGGCAACUGAUCAGGACUCCGGGGAGGACGGAAGGGUUUAUUACUUAUUCGUUGGAUCCUCGAACGAUCGAGGCUUCUCCAUAGGCCCUGAGACAGGCAUCAUCUCGGUGUCGAGGGGGCUGGACAGGGAGACUCAGAACAGGGCCAUCCUGACAGUCAUGGCGAAGAACAGAGGAGGAAUCAGGGGGAACGAUACCGAUGAGGCACAGGUCAUCAUUUCGAUUCAGGAUGGCAAUGAUCCCCCUGAGUUCCUCCAGAGCAACUACGAGACAACUGUCCUCGAGAGCGCACCCCUCGGCAGCCGGGUCCUGACUGUCAGGGCUGUUGACAAAGACGUGAGGCCCCAGAACAAUCAGUUCUCCUAUUCGAUAAUCGGGGGGAACGUGGGACAGGCCUUCAAGGUCGAUCCACAGAGUGGUGACAUCGAGACUGCGAAGAUGCUGGAUAGGGAAACUGUUCCCUCGUAUCAGCUAAUCAUUGGGGCCAUUGACACCGGGUCUCCACCGCAGACUGGCACAGCUACUGUCAGGAUUGAACUACUGGAUAUUAAUGACAACGGACCUACUUUUGAGCCUCCUGAGAUCGUAGGCUACGUGAAGGAGAACGAACCCGCUGGGACUAGCGUCAUGACCCUGACUGCUAAUGAUUCUGAUUUACCACCCAAUGGGGCUCCCUUCACGUAUAAGCUGGUCGGCGGACGACAGGCUGAUGCUGUCACGCUGGAUAAACACUCCGGGGUGCUCAGGACUACCAGGAGUCUUGAUAGGGAGGUCAUGCCACAGCUGGAUCUCUUGAUCGAAGUUGAGGACUCUGGAAUACCAAAGAUGAAGAGUGAGCACACAGUGACAGUGAUGGUACUGGACGAAAAUGACAGUCCGUCAAUGCCCCGUUCAGUGCACGUUAUUGUAUACUCAUUCAACGGUGAGAGACUCAUGGGAAAAAUAGCCGAUGUCCAUCCAAACGAUCCUGAUACCACCGGCGACUACACAUGCAAAAUACUCCAGGGCUCGAAUCCCGGUGUACUUGGUAUACCGAUCGGUUGCGAUUUACAUACCAGUAAAAUUACCCCCGGACACGGAUAUUCUCUGAGUGUAUCUGGCAACGACGGACGUCAUCCCGAUGUUGUGUCUAAAGUGACCGUGGAAUUCCUAGUCUUCUCAAAUUCCACAGUGGAGAACAGCGUGACCCUCCAGAUAUCUCGUUUGACAGCCUCUGAAUUUCUCUCAAAACACUAUCGGCCCCUCCUCGACAUCCUGCAGGAGGAGACAGAGGCCGGCGAUACUCUGACCAUAUACAGCAUCGGGGAAACCGAUGGAAACUUGAAUAUUUAUCUCGCCAUAGAAACGCCACAAGGAUUCAAACAAAAACCCGAAGUGAUAAAAUUCCUCUCCAAGCGCCACAAAAAGCUACAGGACCUCCUCGAGGGCGCCCCGGUGACGAUUGGCUACUCCCCCUGCAAGCACCUCUCCUGCGAGAACGGAGGCUCCUGCAGUGACCAACUAGUGGUCUACGAGGACGCCAGAAUAACAAACAGUCAGUCCUUAAUUCUGACGUCACCACGAGUCGUCCACGAGAUGUUGUGCCGUUGUCGCGAGGGUUUUACGGGCCCCCGAUGCGAGAGAAGACAGGACCCCUGUUCUCCCAACCCGUGCUACCAAGGAGGCCAGUGUCGGAGAAUGGGCUAUGACUUCGCCUGUGUCUGUCCCGCAAAUCGAGAAGGAAAGCUCUGUGAACUGGAGCGAGGAGACGCCUGCGCGAGCAAUCCCUGCAGGAACGGUGGAUCUUGCCAGGUCAGCCCAGACGGCUCCUCGUUCUUCUGCCUGUGUCGAGCUGGCUACAGGGGAAAUCAUUGUGAAGCCGUCACUGACUCCUGCAGGCCCAAUCCCUGCCUCCACGGAGGCCUCUGCGUUGGUCAGAAACCGGGAUACAAGUGCUCCUGUCCCGAAGGAAGAUACGGGAGACACUGUGAACGAGCUACAUUCGGAUUUGAAGAGCUGUCAUUCAUGUCAUUCCCAGCUUUGGACUCCAACACCAAUGACAUUACAAUGGUCUUUGCCACAACGAAACCAGACGCUCUCCUCCUCUACAACUAUGGCCCACAGUCUGGUGGUCGCUCAGACUUCAUCGUCCUUGAGCUGAUAAAUGGAAGGAUAUCCUUCUCCUAUGGAGGUGCCCGUAGUGCCAUAACAUCCCUUCAAAUGUCCUCAGGCAAGCGCUUGGAUGACGGCGACUGGAGGAAGAUCACAGCAACGAGAAACGGUCGAGUGGUCUCCCUGAGUGUCUCAAACUGUCGAGAACACGGCGACAUCUGCGACGAUUGUAAGCCCGGUGAUGUCACCUGUUAUGCAGAUGAUGUGGGCCCCACAGGCACUCUGAACUUCAACAACAAUCCCCUCCUCCUAGGAGGCCUCAUCAAUGCCGACCCAGUGCUAGAGCGACCUGGACAGGUACACUCUGACGAUUUAGUAGGCUGCGUCCACUCGGUGUCGAUCAACGGGCGAGCCUUGAACAUGUCCAGCCCCAUAUCAUCCAGAGGUAUCAGGAACACCUGCUCGAGGUCCGAGUCAGGGGUGUGCAACAGAGAGGACUCCACCUGCGGUCUUGGUGAACGUUGCUAUGACAAGUGGCAUCAGGUCUCCUGUCAGUGCAACUCUCUAACCGCUCCCAACUGUAAUGGAGCUCUGGAGCCAGUGAGUCUCAGUGACAAUGGAUACGUUGAAUUCAAGAUCUCGGAAAAACACAAGAGAAUGCAGUUGCUGGACUACAUGUACGGGGGAAGUACUCUCUGGACGAAGAACCGAGUUACCAGAGCUACCAAGGACACCACGCUUCUUCCUCUCGGAAUGACACCGCCCAAGAAACUGGGGCUUAUGUUCAGAACUGUGAAACCGAAUGGGAUUCUCUUGUACGCAGCCACCAACAAGCAUUACACGUCCAUAGAGCUGAGAAAUGGCCAACUGUGGUACGCCUCGAUGCUGGGAUCCUCGGUCAACAUGACUGGAUCUGUCGAGGGAGGACUGGCCGAUGGUAGAUGGCACAAUCUAACGAUUUACGCCCACUCUCGAGGGAUCAGAAUUCUCAUCGAUGGAGUCCUAACAGGAGACGAGCUCGAUUCCGCUGGAGUACACGAUUUCCUGGACCCUUACUUGACGAUCUUAUCCGUUGGAGGCGUGAGGAGAGACAUGUACUUCCCGGAAGGUUUUCUCAUAAAUUUCGAAGGGUGUCUAGCGAACUUCACCAUCAACAACGAGAUCCAACCGUUCAACGGGUCAGGAUCGAUCUUCAAGGAUGUUUUGUAUCAUGGAAAGGUGUCGAGAGGAUGCAGAGGGCCCAUCGGUAUUAGUGCAGCUGCAGCAGCCGAUCCACUCAGCAUAGGAAUAACCCUGGUCAUCGUUUUCUUUGUUACUCUGCUGGUAGCGAUUCUCGUGAGCUUCGUUGUCUUCAGACUGCGACGCCAGAGUAAAGAGAAAGCCCCAUCAGUUGUCAAUAAGAACACCAAUGCCAUUAUGACAGGGAAUUCCCUAGUCGGUGCUGGCAAUGACAGCAUGAUGUCGAGACACGAGAACACUUACAUCUCAGACACAUCAGAACUGCGAGUGCACAAAGGUCCAGAGUUGAUUUCAAAGAAGUAUAAGGAGAGGGAGAUCAACAGUGAACACAGGCCUCAGAGGCCUGACAUAAUCGAACGAGAAGUGACAAAGAGUCCACCGAUAAGGGAUGAACAUCCUCCUCUGCCUCCUCAGAGCUCCCUUCGAUCCUAUGACAACACCGAACCUGAUGUUCCUGAGCAUUACGACCUGGAUAAUGCCAGCUCCAUAGCCCCCAGUGAUGGCGAUGUCAUCUAUCACUACAACAACUUCAGGGAGGGAAUGAGGUCGUACAAGGCAACACCACCGUUGAUUGGUGGCUAUGGUAAUCAUCACAAGCACACUGGAGGCCCUCAUCGUCAUGCUGGGGCCUUUCCACCGAGGGCCAUGCCCCCACCCAGUGUGGGACAGUCGUCAGGUCCUGCUCCCAAGCUUCUCCAGAGCACUCCACUAGCUAGACUAUCACCGAGCAGUGAAUUGUCAGCACAGCAGCCCAGGAUUCUCACUCUUCAUGAUAUUUCUGGUAAACCUCUGCAGAGUGCUCUUCUAGCUACAACUUCGUCAUCCGGGGGAGUGGGAAAAGACGCGUUAAACUCGAACAGCGAACGUAGCUUGAAUUCACCCAUUAUGAGUCAGCUAUCGGGGUCGACAGCCAGCAGAAAAGCCCCUCAAUCAACUAAUGAAAAUGGAAAUAACGUGGGGUCAGGGCCUAUGGGACUGACAGCGGAGGAGAUAGAAAGACUCAACUCUAGACCGAGGACCUCCAGUCUUGUGUCCACUCUGGACGCUGUCAGCUCGUCGAGCGAGGCUCGGGGACCUCCACCUCCACCUCACAGUGGUCUUCAUCUCCACAGGAGGCAUACACCACCCACAGAGCGACUGGAGAGGAGAAAUUCGUCGACCACUGAUGAGAGUGGAAAUGACAGUUUCACUUGUUCUGAAAUUGAAUAUGAUAAUAACUCGCUGGUAGGGGACAAACGAUCAGACAAUUUGUACAGCAAACCCAGUGAGGAGCCCCAGAGGACCAGCGAGUCUCCGCCAUCCACGAAAAAUCCACUUCCACCCAAUUACGAUGGAUUUGAUAGCUCCUUCAGGGGGUCUCUCAGCACUCUCGUUGCCUCUGACGAUGACCUGUCGACUCACAUGGGAAGCCUGUACAGACCCAGCAACAAUGGCUCACCCAGUGCCAAUACAGCAUUGAGCUGGGAUUAUUUAUUAAACUGGGGACCCAAUUUCGAGAGUCUUGUUGGGGUGUUCAUUGAUAUUGCUGAACUACCAGACAGUGCUAACAGGGUGCCGAAUAGUCUGAGACUCCCUGCUAACAUCCCUAAACCUUCGGAGGAGUAUGUUUAGGAUGGUCCUCUUGCCAUUAAACGUUCUGUAUUUUUUUAGGGGAACUGGGAAGGGAGAGGUAGUUUAAUAGGUAAUUAAGAAUUGGGGGAGACAUCUCGUAUCAGGAUGUCGAGGAUAUAUUUGUACAGUGUAGGUAUGAGAUUGUGUGAAAUUUUUGUCUUCCCAAGAAGCACUGAUACUGUGCCAUUUUUAUUUGUCAAGGGAGGUGUCUAAAUGUGGAAUGCUUCAGAAUGUUGAACUGAUUUCAGUUCAUGAAAAACCGGUGAAAAAAUGAACGAGAGAUUUUUGUUAUUAAAUAUUUUGGAGAAAUUAUGGAACGAUUCAAGUGUACAGCCCCACGUCACGAAAUUUUUGUGAUUAUUUUGUUUUGUGGCCCUUAGAAUAGUCUGCAAAAAUGGUAUCGACAACGAUUUCGGUAUCUCCCUUAGAUUUUGAGAUAUUUAUUGAAUGCUGUACUACUGGUAUAAUUCUAAUUUUAUUUAUUCUGGAUUUUUGAGGGAAUUAUGGAUCGUUGGAUUUCAAUUUUAGACAGCUCCCUCGCAGCUGGAAAGACGUGUUUUUAUGGGGGAAAUGAUGAAUUAUUGUACAUAGAGUAAUAUUUCGUUGAGCCAUCAAAUGGGGAGACAAUUUAAUCCUGAGACUGAUUUUUUUUUCUUUUCUUCAUACAACUGCCAUGAAGUUACACUGAAGGGAGUCUCGAGUGUGUAUAUUUUUUUUUGGACAUUGUAAAUAAUUUUCUAUGAUUAUUAAUGAUUAACUAGAAAGUGAGUGGAUGGUACUGCUUCUGUAUAAAAUGAGCGAGUGUUAUUGUAUGAGAAUGUAGGUGACAUUUUCGAUGAUUUGUAAUAAAAUUUAUAAUUACAA